AUGCUCUCUCUUCUCGUUUCCGCUGAGCUCACAGGCGUCACCGACCUCCGUCCCCAAGAUACCGAGGAGGAACCGUACUUCUAUACCUUCAAGGUACAAUGCACAUCGUGCCGCGAGGUGCACCCAAACUGGGUCAGCUUCAAUCGCUUUGAACAACACGAGAUCCCCGGAAGCCGGGGCGAGGCCAACUUUGUGUGGAAGUGCAAGCUGUGCCAGAAGACACACUCCGCCUCGAUCGUGAGCGGACCCAAUACGUACGAGGCCGACGAGAAACGCAAGAAGCAAAAGGUGAUCGAGCUUGACUGCCGGGGCCUCGAGUUCACGGAGUUCAAGCCUGAUGGAGAAUGGGAGGCAAAGGGAGCUGAAUCCUCGACGGCCUUCAAGGGCAUUGAUCUGUCCGAGGACGAAUGGUAUGACUACGACGAGAAGGCGGGGGAUGAGGUCUCCAUCAAGGAGAUCAGCUGGGAGGUCGGACGGUCCUGA